GGUAUAUUUUCACAUGCAGCGCAUCACAACUGGUUUCCAGUUCUUCAGUCUUCCUAUACCCUGGCCUGCAGCCACCCAAGCCUGCCAGGUACUGCUCGUCAAUUAUGCAUAGGAUUUUCCCAAGCCAACGCCUCCCAGUCUCUGCGAACUGUCUCCAUUCCUGCUAGGAUUCAUCCCUCCUAGACACAGCUCUGCUACGGAAGCCUUCUUUAGGAAAACCUGCAGAUCGUUAGUCUCUGAAUCGCGCGGUGGUGAGCAGUGCGGCCCCGAGUUCUCUGACUUCAGGCUCCAAACAAGAUUCCCAGUUAAAGACACAAGAACACGAGGAUGACUGCGCUGCAGCCCCCGAAGGAACGGUUGAUUAGAGGCUCAGGUCUUCUCUUGAACCUGCAACGACACCCUCGGCGCGAGCACAAAGGCUCCGACGGCGGCCGGCGGGGGCUGCAGAGCGCGCGGGAGCCGGCGCCAGAGGUCGCCUGUUCGCGUCCUAGCCAAGCCAGAGGCACCAUGCCGCGGCGCCUGCAGCCCCGGAGCGCGGGCACAAAGGGCCCGCCGGCCACGACCUCGGCGGCUUUCGCAGCCACCUCACGUUCCCACCCCUCGGCUUCCGGGGACUCUCCGGCCUCCGCCAAACCGCUGCUGCGCUGGGACGAGGUGCCCGACGACUUUGUGGAGUGCUUCAUACUGUCAGGCUACCGGCGGCUACCUUGUACGGUGCAGGAGUGCCUAGCUUCGGUGCUGAAGCCCACCAACGAGACGCUCAACUUCUGGACGCACUUCAUCCCCCUGCUGCUGUUCCUAAGCAAGUUCUGCCGCCUGUUCUUUCUGAGCGGCCCUGACGUGCCCUUCCACCACCCGUGGCUGCUGCCGCUGUGGUGCUAUGCAUCUGGCGUGCUGCUGACCUUCGCCAUGAGCUGCACAGCGCACGUGUUCAGCUGCCUGUCCCUGCGCCUGCGCGCCGCCUUCUUUUACCUGGACUAUGCCUCCAUCAGCUACUACGGCUUCGGCAGCACGGUAGCCUACUACUAUUACCUGCUACCCAGCCUCAGCUUGUUGGACGCCAGAGUGAUGACCCCUUACGUGCAGCAGCGCCUGGGCUGGCACGUGGACUGCACGCGCCUCAUCGCUGCCUACCGCGCACUGGUGCUGCCCGUGGCCUUCGUGCUGGCGGUGGCCUGCACUGUGGCCUGCUGCAAGAGCCGCACUGACUGGUGCUCUUACCCGUUCGCGCUGCGUACCUUCGUCUUCGUCAUGCCUCUCAGCAUGGCCUGCCCCAUCAUGCUUGAGAGCUGGCUGUUUGAUCUGCGUGGCGAGAACCCCACUCUUUUUGUGCACUUCUACCGCCGCUACUUUUGGCUGGUGGUGGCCGCCUUCUUCAACGUGAGCAAGAUCCCUGAGCGCAUCCAACCUGGCCUUUUUGACAUCAUUGGCCACAGCCACCAGCUCUUUCACAUCUUCACUUUCCUCAGCAUCUACGACCAGGUGUACUAUGUGGAGGAGGGUCUGCGCCAGUUCCUCAAGGCGCCGCCUGCCGCGCCCACGUUUUUGGGCACUGUGGGCUACAUGCUGCUGCUGGUCGUCUGUCUGGGGCUGGUCAUCAAGAAGUUCCUAAACAGUGCUGAAUUUUCCAGUAAAAAAUGAGCCUCUACCUUGCAAGAGGCUACUGGUUUGCCCAUUUGUUUGGACUUUCUGUUGUUGCUACUGUUGGUUUGUUUUCCAGUUUUGUUGUUUCCUUCUUUGCUCAAGGAGGUUGUUCUAGAGCCGCAGGGGGAAAAAAGUCUGCUGUGACGGGGGUUUCAAUGCACUUGGGGCUUUGGAAGAGGGAAAUGGGUCAAGCAGGAAGGAGAGGGCCACUGGUUUUUGCCCGUGGACAAAAUUCUGGUGAUGUCUGUGACAUCCAGGGAAUUUUCAAAGGCAGCAAAUAAAAUCCCAAAUAAAACCCCAAACAAUUCGCUUUUCCAAUGAUCUUCUGUGCCAGCGGUAAUAACAAGUAGCCCCUGUGAGGUCAGGUGCGCAUUAAAGAGGGUAAGUAGACCAAAUCCCUGGGUUCUUCCAUUUCAGUCUGAGGAAUGCUUGGAUUUGUCAAAAGAAUGGAUCUUUGUAGGAAACAGGCAUAAAGACAUAAAUAAGCCCAGGGCUUAACCUGCUAGAAAAUGCAUGGAAUGUGAACACAAGUUUAAUUACUUCGAAAUGUUUCUCAGAUGUUAUUUAAAUAGUAAUAUAUACAAUGACUUUUUCAUAAUUUAUCAAGCCUGUGAUACGCACUGAAUUUUAUUUGUUUUUGUAGUUUUGAAUUUUGCAGCCCUUCUGCAUUGCAUACACUUUAACUGGACGCCAGGGCAAGCUGCUUGAGAGUUCUCAACCACUGUACUUCCCCAAACAGUGUUUCCUGAAGGCCUGUGUUCCAUGAUGCAAAUGUGAAUUACUUCACCUUAGGGACUCUCGUUAGACCACUGGGGAGGAGCUCAGUGGUCUAUGUAGAUCCCAGAUGCCCACUUACUUUAAUGUAUUCCACAAAACCUAUCUUUUUUGGUUUGUUUUGUUUUUAAUCUUAUUCUUUCCUUCUUUACUUAUUUAAAUUACCACUGGAAUAAAUGUGCCUUUUGAAGCAACGCCCAAAUGACUGGUCCUCAAAUAUAGGGGAGGGCAGUUGGAGUAAACUGUUUUACUACAAAUCAGGGUUUAACAUUCUACCCAGAAUGGAAGGAAGAAGAUCAUGUUGGUUUCAAGCUGUGAGCAACAUGGAAGUAGCUUACCAGGACACAGAGCGUUUGGCUUCUCUGCCAGGAGAAGGAGCAGAACCACUAAUAUGACUGUGGUUCCUAAUGCAGCCAUCAGGGAAGGUGAAAAGACACUGUUCUAGACCGAUGCCAUCUAUCCUCACUUAAAAAUGCAAUACUCAGGAAUAGGUAAGGCAGAUAUAGUAUGAAAGUCAGGAGCAUAUUACCUGAAUUGUAACUGAAAUUUUUGAGUUCAAUAAGAUUACCUUUGCCUAUUUAAACACUGAAGUUUUCAUUUAGAUGUAGACUUUGGUAAUGAACAGUCACCCUAAAUUAUGGAGAAAUGAGUGAACAUGCUCCUGAGAUAUUUUUUAACAAUCACAUUGGCCAGUGUUAUUUAAGACAUUUCUUAUAAAUGCUAACCUGUACUGGAGGUGGCAACUGUAGAUUAACACAAACCACUGAGGUAGCUUAUUUAAAUACUUAAUACUUCUUGACAAGACCUUUGGUUAAGAGCCAAAUAAGUCAUUGAAUGGGAAGUCUUGACUGCAUGGUAUAAUUUAGAUCAAGCACAUAAACUAGAUGAACACUUACCUCAGUACUGGUAGGCUGAUGCUCCUAAAAAUAUUGCUGUUUUCAUUUGUGCUUUUAAUUGCUACUAUAUUUAUAAGCCAAGAGGCUUGACACAGUUCCCUGGAGGAACCAGUAUGCUUAUGUGUUAAUUUGUACACAAAGCUUAACCUUAUAUAUGUCUAUAUUUAAAUUAGAGCCUCUUAAUGGGAUUGUAAAUAUAUUUUGCACGUUUGCAGAUGGGUGUCACUGUCAUGGCUUUUGCAAAGUGCAAGGAGACUCCUGUUAGGGUACAGAGGCUGAGAAUUUGUGCCUACUACAGACUGUCAUCCUUCACCUGUAACUGAUACAGUACAUGCAUUCAAAGGCAAUUGUGGAGAUUGGGAUAUUUCCACCUGCAAAUUUAUUUGCAUGCCAUUAUUGUUUCUUCUAGAGCCUCAAAGAAGUGGCUUUGGAAGCUAGAGACAUAGGUUGAUGAGUAUUUCAUACCUUCCUUGUAAAAUGGGACCGCCCCCCUUUCAGAAGGAACUUUCAAGAGACAGACUUCUAAAAAGGAUUAAUGCAUUUGAGAACAAAAAAUAAACCUUGUAUUUGUCAUUUAAAAUUUUUGUUGGAGAUCUUGGUCUGCAAACAGAAUUCUCUUCUUGCUCUGUGUCUUUGUCCCUAAGCAGAAGCCCCUUGAGGAUAAAAUUAUACCCAUAUUGUUUUCAAAUGAUUCUGAUGCCCGAACUCAGGAAGAGAGAAGGAGGACUCACUUUCCUUCCUUUUGCUUUUUCCUUCCCCCACUUUACCUUUCCCUUUCCCAUCCUAUCUUAGCUUUUAUAUACCAUACAUAACAUGGACAAAAGGGCAUUCUAGUUGAAAACAUUGUUUUUGUGUCACUUCAUGUUUGCAAAUAGAUACCAUGUGUACUACACAGACCAGGCAUGUUUGUAAAACUGUGUUUGUGCUAAAGAAUAUCCAAUUUCUGUCAAGGUACAUGAUGAUAUUUUAGAAUCAGGAAAUAUUUAAAAGUAUCCAAAUUUGCAUGGAACUGUCCAGGCACAUUACAUAUUUCAGGGGUAUCAUGGCCAUCAGAAUAAAAUAGCUUUAACAAUAUUUCUCACACUCUCCAUUUUGCCACAUCCUUGAAAAUUCACUUUUUCUUUGUUGUGUUAUUUGAAAUGUGGGACAAAUGAUAAGAAUGCACUUUAUCAUCUCUGCACAACCUAUUUUGAAAGCAUAGGAUUUUGAAGCAUAUUAUGUAAUACAUGGUAUUUUUACUUGUUAGUCAUAAUCGAGAUGACAUAAGGAGCUAGAGACAUAGAGUCAUGCCUGGGAAAUGAGGGUGUUGACUUCAAUGCCUGUCACCCUAUGGAGUUGGUCUUUGGGACUGACUCAGGCUGAGUCAAUUGACUAAAGGGGUCCCUUUCUUCCCUGUCCUUGUAGCUGUACCCUCAGCUAAAGAAGAUGACCUUCCCAGAGAAAGGAAGCGAGUUCUUUGGUCAUGUCAUGACUGGCUUGUAAAAAUAAAUGUGCUCUUUUCCACUGGCUAUCCAUUUUCUAUAAAUAGCCCAGGAAGAAAGUAUAGGGCUUCAAAGCUGGCCAGAGUGGCUCACAUGUCUCCAUUCAUAAAUCCUGCCUGAAAGUGCUUGCAGUCAAAAACUUUAAGCUAAUUCAUCAUGCUACUUCAGGGCAAUGAUUUCUAAGAAUGCAAAAUUUGGGCAUGGAAGUGAUUUUUAUAAUUUUUUAUGAUUUGGUGCUGAAUCUGAGGGCUAACAGCAAUUAAAAACAGGGAUUUUUGUCUUCAAAUUUCUUCACAACUUUAUUUAGGUGACCUGUACAAAGCUAUAGCAGAAAACAGUUAUGGUAGGCAUUAUCGUCAUUUCAAGGUUUUUCCGUAAAUCCAAGGCAACAGAAUUGUUUUCAAACUGGUAAUAGAAUGUGGAGAUUUCUGUGUGCUUGACUGUAUUUACUAGUUUGCAUGGCUGAUGUCUGGUGAAGCACAAACACUGAGAGAAAAAAAUACAUAUGUAUGUAAUUGUAAAAUAGAGUGAAGAUAUGGCUGUUCUUGGAUUUGGAUUAUAAAGUCUUACACAAAAUGUUACCAGCUACUUAAUUUUUAUCAUCUUGGACUAUGCAUCUGUUGAAUUCUGCCAUGGUUGACUUCAUUCUGUUAGAGUCUUUGAGUUGAUUUUCAUCCAUUGGUUCAUGUGAUUCCUUUAGUGACCACUGAGCAUCCAUUGCAGGUUAGACCUUGGCUGAGAAUCCAUCACAUUGUCACAGCCAUUACCCUUUUAUCUGUGGAUAGACCAGGGGUCAGAGCACCAGAAGGGCCCUCAGGCCAAGGAUCAGACUCUGAUCUUUGCCAUAAGCAAAAUGUUCCAAGACACUGAAUUUGGUUCUUUUUUCCUUUCUGUUAGCAAAGAAUCUUAUUUCAAUUAACACAUGCUACUUGCCCACAAUCAAUUUCCCUCUUUUUCGUUCUUUUUGUUUCUGCCUGCUCCUAGAUCUUUGUGAAUUUUAUAGUUCAAAAUAACUAGAAAAUUUAAUGUGAAUUCAGGUGAAGGCAUAGCAGGCAUAUAUGUACAUAGAAGAGGUUGAAAAUUUUAUCAUCACUACUAGUUAACAAAGAAUAAUAACAAUCACUUUUGGGAGGUUUAUAAUGUUCAUAUAAUUAUGAAGUAAGGUUCAUACAAAGUGCCUAAAUCGUGAUGUCAUUAAAUGUCUGAAUUCCAUAGAUAGCAUCUAAAUCUCCAAAGAUUAAUGUUUUUUAGCCCUUUUCCUCCUUUAAGAUCUUUGUGUUAUAAUCUAUGAAACGUGCUAGAAAAAUGGAGGGAAUUACCAGAUGUAAAAAAGACAGCAGAAGGCAUGAGAAGGGGAAAGCAAGAAUUAGAUUCGAUCCACCUGAAUGGAACAGCAAGUUCGACUAUGGACAGUUUCGCCUGAGUUUUACACUUGGUCCCUAGAAAGGCAUGUGAACGCCCCUGCCAUUAGUGCUCAAAUAGGCAGGCGAGGAAUUGUGUUUGGCACAUCCUAUAGCUUUUGACCUGAGCACUAGUGCCCAGGUAUAUUUUGAGUGGUACACUUACCUUUGGCUUAAUGUCUUUAAUUUGUGUCCAUAAAAUGAGGGCAUAAGGCAAAAUGCAUUAGGGAUAGCACCAUCCAGUUGUAAAUUACCUUUUGAAACCCUUUCUUGAAAGAUUGACAGUGUUCUGUCCUGUAUGGCCUGAGGAAAAGCAAACACAACUAGAUGAGCUGAAAAGGUUGUACUUGUUGGUUGAAGGUGAGAACCACUCCACUCCUUUGUGACAGGCCACACACCUUCCCGGUCAAAGACUUUAUUUCAUCAAUGUUAUGAAUAACUGUUUCUUACAUGUGAAAAUGGGUGUAAGUUCUUCUGAGUCACUUUUCCAGAAAGCUGAUACAAAUUUUUGGCUUAUUGAAAGAGGCCAAACGUAUUGCAUUUUUGGUUUACAGAUUUUUAACCAAUUUGCAGGCCAUUUUGUUUUAGAGCUUGUUGAGUGUGAGAGCAAGUUGCAGAACCAGAAUGUUCAUUUAUAGGUGAGGGGCCAAGAAUGCUGAUUUGGCUGUUAAUUGCGGAAGGACGUGCCUGUUAAAAGCUCUGAACACACAUUUAUAUGCAACAAAAUUCUCACUUAUUUAUUAUUUAACUCAAUGGAAAAACUGCCUUUUUUUUGAGCUUUUGAAAAUGUUUCCCCAAUAUAUUGUGCUUCUAAAUGUAAUGCAUGAGCUUUAAUACUUUUUCGUUUUGGAACAAUCUCUGGAAGCUAUUCCAAACAUGGCAUUUCUUAAGGAAAAUUUCUUGAACGCCUAAAAGUUGCAGGUCACCUUUCUCAUGCCUUACAGCUCCACGUAAAACAUGCAAUAAUACUCAAGUAAAAGUGGAGGGGUCUCCAGCUGGUUCUUUAUCCAUGCUGUAGAGAUGGCCCCGCCCCUCCUGGCUCACCCCAGCAUUGAAAAAAGAUGCCAUGUAAAUAAACCCUUGUUUUCAGAUGAAGAUAGUAUAGGGAUACAUGAAUUUCACAUCUUCUUUUAGUUCCAUUUCUAGUUAGGUAGCAUAAUACGUUUUUCAUAUGCUGGAUGCAAACAAGAAAAUUAAUAGGAAAAGUUUUAAAAGAAAUAUUCUCACUUUGUAUUUUAAAAGUUUAUAGCAGCAAUUUGUUUAAAAAAAAAAAGGCCUUAGCACAUAGAUGAGAACCAGCGCCUUUUGGAAAGACUCAUCUUUGUCCUGGGAGUUUAAUCACCUUGAACUCUUACCUGAACAAUAAAGACCGUAGGUCUUUAAAAGUGUAAAUAAUGUAUAGUUGAAAAGAUGGGUUAAAAAAACAAUUUUUUAAAAGAAGAAUACUGUCAGAUAUGUUAUAGUAUGUCAUAGGUGUGUAACAAGGCUAAAUUCAAAAGUCUUUCUAAAAUGCUUGUUGGAAACUUCAUUAAGGUCACUCUCUCAGCAAGGCUUAGCACAGAUCUACUUUGUACCAGGCUGGUUUUCUGUUAUGGAGGCUAUAAGCAAAAUUAUUCCAAGCAGCUAAGUAUCAAGGCAGUAAAGGGCUGAGGUUACAGAUCACUUCGAUGAGGGUACAACCACUGUGAAUAACAUAAAAGUAACUAGAAAAAUGCACAGCCCUGGACACCCUGCUCCUUAUUUGUCUCGAGUGGAAAGAGUAAAGCCCCCUGCCAUCACUACACAGACCGGGGCAGGGACAGGCUAGGUGCCGGGCUGGGGGAAGUUCUGUGACUUGCAGUAGCUGUGCACUCCUUCCACUUCGUCCUUCUCUCAGACCACUGACACCACCCUGGAAGCCUCCGCUUUCCACAAACUCAGCCUGGAAGACAAAAGGUUUCUACAAAGAUUCUAUUUGGGCCUUCUCAAGCUGUUUGCCUUAUGAGGUUCAUCCAUUUCUAAACUAAAGAUUCAAAUAUGAUUACUGUACUCAGAUUUACAAGAAUGUACAACCAGCAGGUUCCCUUUUGCAGUAAAGGGCAUUAGCUGAAGGGCCAUACUCAAUUUUUCCUUCAGCUCAGAGGCAGACAGAGGAUUUGCAGCGACCACAUAGAGAUCCUUUGGUAUAGAGAUCCUUUGGUAACAGGUUUUUCGUUUUUAUAUUUUUAGUUCAUUUAAUGGUGAUAAUGGAGGGAGAAGAGAGUAAAGGAUAAUGCGGGUGUGGAAAAAGAAAGAAACAAUCAUUUUUUCCACUGCUUGCUAAGUUAAUUCUUAGGCUGCUCUGGCCCCAGCCAUCAUAUACAUUCUGGUCAGCGACAUUUAGCAGGCUAGAAAAAUUUUCUCAGGAUUUGUGAACUUUCCUACAGGGGCUACAAUGUGGGUUCAAACCAUUAGCAUAUUCUGCCAAGCAUUGUUUAUUCAUAAUUCCACAUUACCUGGUAAAUUAAGAAGAACAAUCCAUAGAAAUAGGUAUCACUUUGGUCAGUUCUGUGAAUGUAGCUGAACAAACUUGUGACUUACUUCUGUUGUGUACUUUGCCAUGAUUUUGCUUUUGUGAGACAUUUGUUCCCUACAGUCUUGAAUAUAAAAUUCUGUAUAACU